AUCGUGAAUCUGAUUUAGUCGCAAAAAAUACUCGUUUAGAAGAAUUUAAUAAAGAAGCUGAAUUAAGGUUGAUGGCGAAAUUUGCUGAAAAUCAAAAAUUGGUUGCAUAUUAUAAAUAUUUGUUUAAUCAUGGCCAAAAGCCAUCAAAUGAAGAUUUUGAAAAAUUGAAAUUAAUAAUUGUUAAUUUAGAAAAUGAAACACAACAAAAAAAAAACAAAAACAAAUCAAAGAAUGGCAUUCAUCAAGAAAGUUGUCAUGAUAGCUCAACAGAAGUAUUAUUAAAUAUUCAACCUGACCCAGAAUUAGAAGAUCCUGCCUCUCAUAUACAACAUCAAAGAUCAGAGUUGUCUUCAAUUUACGCUGAAAACAAACAAUUGAUUGGAAAUUUGUCUUCAUUUUACGAGGAAAACAAACAAUUGAUUGGAAAUUUGGAAUAUAUAAAAUG